AUGGACCUUGGCAUGCAAAACGUGGAAUCAGACUUUUCCUUUCUCAGCUAUAUUUUACAUCCAGUUUGGUCAGGUAUUACACUUGCCGAAAGACAAACUGAUGCUAGCCAAAUGCAGUCAAACAAGAAAAGCUUAGGGCAAUGGAUCCUCCUGAUAUUAAACGGUGCAGCUUUGUGCAUAGGCGGAACUGCAGGUUCCUUCUUACUUCGUUUCUAUUAUAUACACGGUGGCAAUCGCAAAUGGCUUUGUGCAUGGCUACAGACUGCAGGGUGUCCUCUUCUUAUUCUGCCCAUUUGGAUUUCUUCCCGCAGAAAACAGACCUCUGCAGAAAACAUCCAUGUAACUCCCAAGCUUUGCCUCGCGUCCUUCAUAAUCGGCGUCCUCACUGGCCUUGAUAGUUUCUUGUAUUCAUGGGGAAUGGACUACCUGCCUCUUUCCACUUCUUCUCUCCUGACUGCCCCUCAGCUUGGCUUUAAUGCAUUCUUUGCGUUCUUCUUAGUAAAGCAGAAGUUUAGCUCAUAUUCUAUCAAUGCCCUAGUUUUGCUCACCAUGGGAACAGUUCUGUUGACCUUGCACUCCGGAGGUGACAGACCCCACGGAGUCACAGCUGGGCAAUAUUGGCUUGGAUUUUUCGCUACAGGAGCUGCAGCUGCGCUGUAUGGAUUGAUUCUUCCUUUGAUUGAGCUUGUCUAUAAGAAAAGUACACGCCGAAUAACAUACACUUUUGUUAUGGAGAUGCAACUUAUAAUGUCUUUUUCGGCGACCGUUUUCUGUACAAUAGGCAUGGUUCUCCACAAAGAUUUCAAGGCCCUUGGGAGGGAGGCAAGUUCAUUCGAUGUGGGGGAAUUCAAAUACUACAUGUCUCUGGUUUGGACGGCAAUCUCCUGGCAGCUCUACUUAAUCGGGUUGUAUGGUGUCAUCUUAUUGACCAGUUCUCUCUUGAGUGGCAUUUUCAUGGCUUCUUUAACUCCUGUCGUGGAGGUGCUUGCAGUCGUCAUAUUCCAUGAGAACUUCACUGGGGAGAAAGGUAUGGCUGUCGCUAUGGCUUUGUGGGGAUUUACAUCUUACUUGUAUGGGGAAUAUAAGAAAUCCAUAUUUGAGACAAGCAAUGCGCCAAUGGAGGACCGACCAGGCCGUGAAUCUGCAGACCCUAGAGAAGAUAAGGAAAUGACUAUGGAGCUGGUUGUUGAAAAAGCUGCCACGUCCAAGCAUAACGUGUAA